GAGUCCACAAAAUAUAUAAAAUCUGUCUUUUCAAUGCUCAAUGCUACACAUAUAGGACACUGAAUCAAGAUCAAGAUGGUUAUUUUCUAAGUACUUUUUUCUUUUCUUUUUCUUUUUCUUUUUCUUUUUCUUUUUUCUUUUUCCCUGGUCAAAUCAGCAUGAUCCAAAUCCAUUUGUUAUCCGCAAAAAGUUUUCCCCAAAUCAAAUCUGUGUAUGGCCGUCAAAGGUCGCUUCUUUUUCUUAUCUUCUUCCUCUACCACUUCCCUGCUUUCAUCCAUGGAGGCUCUUAAAUCCACUGCCAUUCCCAUUUUCAGAUCCUGCCCACUUUCAUUCGCCACUAAGUCUUUAAAACCCAUCAACGUUUCCAUUAAGCCGCCCCCAUCAGACUUUGAUUUCCGAUCGGAAAUAUCUUGGGCUUCCAGAGCCGCCAUUGCUGAAGCUCACCCUGAGUUGCUUGAUUUGGCUGACGAUGGCACAUUGGUUUUGGUUGACAAGACCAGAUUUGGGCCUGUCCCUGCAUGGAGGGCUGAAUUUGUGGAGCCCCAAGCAAUAUGGCUGGUCGGAACUUCGCAUAUUUCUCCCAAAUCGGUUAAGGAUGUCGAGCGAGUUGUUCGACAAGUGAAGCCUGAUAAUGUGGUGGUCGAGCUUUGCAGGAGCAGAGCUGGUAUCAUGUAUACUUUAGAUACCGGUGAGCCAGACCAAAAACUGAAAUCCAACAUGUUCUCCUUGAGUGGGGAUGGUUUUUUGGGUGCUGUUGGUCGCAGCAUAAACCUAGGAGGUCAAACUGCUCUUGCUUUGCGUCUGCUUCUAGCAGUUUUUUCAUCCAAAAUUUCAUCAGAUGUCAACCGUCCUUUUGGAGAUGAGUUUCGAGCUGCUCGUAAAGCAUCUGAAGAAGUUGGUGCUCAAAUAGUUUUAGGGGACCGGCCAAUUGAAAUAACUCUAGAAAGGGCAUGGAAUGCUCUGACUUGGACUGAGAAGUUGAGUUUAGUAAGCUCAGUUGUUCGUGGAAUAACAUCGGAAUCUGAUUUUUCUCAGAACAAUGAUGAGGAAUCUGGUGGAAAUGGUAGUUCUUUGCAGCUUUAUGAAAAGCUUAGUUUUUCUUAUCCAUCCCUCCUUCAACCUCUCAUUCAUGAACGAGAUACUUUGCAUUUGCAGUACCUUGCAUGGUCUUUGAAGCGUAGCAAGGCAGUGAACAAGAGCAAGGGGGUGGUUGGGGUGAUUGGAAGAGGCCAUAUGAAUGGUGUCAUUUACGCAUUAAUAUCAGACCAAGGAAACUUGCGAUUUCGAGAUCUCGCAGGUAAGAAAGCUGGAGAAAGUAAUUCCAAUGGCUUUGUUAGCAGUCUCAUGCGGAGCUUGGUUAGAGACACCAUAAUUGGUGUUGUCUUGUGGAUUUUAUAUGAACAAUUAAAACAACUACACAUAGUAUCUUAGCAAGUUAGGCGCAAACUGAUACUUCUUUGCAAUUCAUAUCUUUGCAGAAAAUUAAUCGAAAAUUAUAUACACAGUGAAUAUGUGUAAAGAUAUCAUUUGAUCGUUGUAUCUGUAUUUAUCGAUUUUUCAACAA